AGAGUGUAGACGUUACCAGAUUGAGUUCGUCGGUGAUGACAUCUGCCGGAACAACUGUGAAUCUGGUUAGCCAGCACUUUCCUUAGUUUAACACCGUCGAUUCGCCGGGCAAGAGUUCCCAGUUUCCCAGGUCUAUAGAGGAAGUGUCUCUCUCACAGAAGGUGGGCCUGUCAUUCCCAACUACAGAGCCACGUGAAAUAUCAGGGAAGACUUAACAGCUGAUACUUAAGCCUGUAACACCUGAAAAUAAGCCAAGGCACUGAAGAAUAAUUGACACUCUAACACUACAGAAGACAGCCGCCACAUGCCACAGAAGCCAUGGCCAUAUAUCAGCAGAAAAGAGUCCUCGCAUUGGUGUUAGGAUUUCUCUUCCUUGCCUAUGUUUUCCUCCCCAACCACUCAGACAGACAGCGAUGGGUUCCCAAAAAGAUGUCCGAGAACGAAGUCCUCCACCUACCAAGGGCGAUACUAGAACAAUUUCUGGAGAUGUAUAGAAACCCUUCAAUAAUUGCAACAACUUCCAAGAAACAAGAACAGGCUGGUCCUCACCCUAAACCGCUAGAGGAUCCACUCCAGUACCCUUUAGAGACUAAUUGUUAUCCUUAUUUUAGUGAGCUGCAUGUUCAGCCUGUUCCACAGCACGAUUGUGACAAACCUUACGUCACUCUCAGAAAGGGAGGGCGCCUGGGUAACAAGAUGUGUCAGUACACCAGCCUUUACCUUCUGCGUCACCUGUUUGGAAUCCGGCUGACGAUCCUCAAACAGGUGUUCGUAUUCGAUGAAAUGUACACAAUCCUUGACAAAAUCUUCAAGAACAUCUUCAUACCGGUCAAGAAACCAGCCUGCUUUGUAGGGAAAACUAAAAGCAUCCCCUAUUUGGGAAUGUAUGACAAGUUGUACAGGACUGCAGCUCGAGUUUGGAACAACACCUCCUCCAAUCUAAUCACUGAGCCUCUGCUGAACACUUCCUACCACAUCAACGACAACCCUGCACCACGAGACCUCUUCCUGGAGCACCGAAAACUGAUUCGGUCCCUGUUUAAGUUCCGAGAUGAAGCUGAAAAUGCCAUACGAAAUAUCAACAACGCUCUUAAGAGUUUCAAUGCAACGUAUCACCAAAGGAACUUCCCAAUUGUCACUGUUCAUGUCAGACGGACGGACUACGAGAAGCACUUGAAUAGCCGGAUGAAUCUAACCCAGCUGGACAAACUCUACUACACCAACGCCUUUGAAUUCUACAAGAAACGGUUGAAGCGCCCUCUGUUUCUGGUGGUAAGUGACGACCCAAAAUGGUGCAGAAAAAUGCUACAGGCAAAGGAUGUGCUAGUCAUUGCUUCAAAGCUUCGAGAAGAAGAUAUGGCGGCGAUGAGCUUAGGAGAUCAUCAUAUUAUAAGCUACGGGACCUUCAGCUUCAUGGGAGCCUUGCUGGGGAAUGGCAACAUAACACACCCGCUCACCACCAACCCUCGCUAUCGUUUUGUGAAGUGUAUCAAGUCCCCAGUCUUUUACAAUGUUGAUAGGGGUGACAAUCAGAUAUAUCAUGAAUGAAGGCAAUUUUGUUAUCUAUUUACUUUUACUUUGAUGGUCUUUAUCAUCCUUUACUUCAUUAUCGCUUUUUUCUACUAAAUUUUGCUCAAGUUUUGUCCUACCUUUUCUUUCUGCUCAUUUUAUAUUUUUGUUUCUAAACAUUUUCUCUAUCGAUUCUUCUUUUUUUUUUAGAUAUUUUUUUCAGUAUUUUUUUCUUUUAAAUAAUUUCUUCAUUUUUCCUUACUAGACAAUGGUUCGAAUAAUGUCUCUUUGUAGUAUAUGUUAUAUAUGUAAUAAAAUAAACAAAUUUG